AUCGCUAUUUUAGCCAUGGUUAAUCAUUCAGCUAUCCACGAGUAUAAUACCACGUCUUCAACAGAAUGUCCAAAAACCUAUCAACAAAAUUCUACAUAUAUCUACAAAGAGGGGUCUUAUGUAUGGACACAACCCACUCAAGGAAUAAUACUAGGAAGUUAUUUCUAUGGUUUGGUGUUAGCUCAACUUGCAGGAGGAUCCAUUACAUUUUCACUUGGACCAAAGAAAACUGUCAUAAUUUUUUCCUGUUUAUCUUCAAUACUGAUCAUUUUGACACCCUUUUGUGCAGAUGUCGGCGUGUCAGUUAUAUCGUUAUGUCAAGCCAUUGUCGGAUUAGCACAAGGACUUAUAUCUCACGGAACUUUUACGCUAUUAGGAAGAUGGAGUCCAAAAAACGAAAAGUCAAUAUUAUCCUCAAUUUCUUUUUGUGGUAAUCAACUCGGUUCAGUUGUUGGUUUAAUGACAGCAGGAUAUCUCUGUGAACAUAAAGGAUGGUCUUUCAGUUUCUACUCUUUCGGCAUAUGUGGGAUUGUCGUUCCUUUAUGUCUUACGUUCACAAUUUAUGAUAGACCUCAACAACAUCCCAGAAUAUCUGAGAAAGAAUUGGCAUUUCUUAACGAAAGCUUACCAAACAUCUCUUCAAGAGAAACGAAGGUGAAUAUACCCUGGAAACAAAUUUUAACAUCCAGAGCAGUGUGGAUAGUAGCUUUGACGAAAAUUUGUUGGGGUUUCGGUUAUAAUGCAAUAUUGACUAAAUUUCCAUCAUACUUACAUAUCAUUCAGAACUUCUCUAUCCAAAAGAAUGGAAUAAUGAGUGCAUUAGUGUAUUCUCUGGAUGCUAUAAUUAUGUUUACUUGUGGUUUUAUUGCUGAUUUUAUGAAAUCUCGUGACUAUUUAAGUAUAACUAAUAUUAGAAAAUUUUCCGAAGGAAUUGCUUUGUUUGGUCCGGCAGCAUGCAUCUUAGCGAUUUCAUUUCAAGGAUGCGAGAGUACAAAUGUAAUUAUUUGUUUAAUGGUUGGAAUGGGAUGUUUCGGCUUUAAUAAUUCGGGGGAUACUGCAAUAGUUCUUGAUUUAGCUCCAGAAUUUGCAGAUGUCGGCGUGUCAGUUAUAUCAUUAUGUCAAGCCAUUGUCGGAUUAGCACAACAUCCUAUUCAAAAAUUAUUUUAUCACAGAGACUUGUACUUCACGGAUCUUUUACCCUAUUAG